GGUGCUUAACGUUAAUGUAGUGUCCCAUAAAUGCAUUUUAUUUUAUUUUUUUAUCUUAUUUGUAGAAACAGACUCAAUAUUUAAACUUGUGUUUUCCCGUCCUUUUUUUUUCAUCUAAUUCUUGUCUUUAGACUUCUUGCAUACUUGAUCUUUUUUCUUCAAAGCGUAAAUACAAUCUUACUUCUUGUUAUUUGUAGCAUGGAAAGUUCAACAUUUAAUACUGCUACCACCAAUACUGCUUUGCCUUUCAAUACAUUCAACGAACCACAGCAUUGUUACUCUCCACCGCCGGAAUCGUAUCAGGAAGGUUACAGUAACCAUUAUCCCACUUCAUCUGAUAUAUUGGCGUGGGGAAAACAUCAGCAACAACAACAACACUUAAACAGGGCCCUAACUACCAACACUACGAUGUUUAACGAGUAUAAUUACUACACACAACCAAGUAACUAUACCAGUUUAAUGCAACCAAGCCCUUCAACUAUUUCCAAUAAUGAUUCAGGUUUUGAGCAACAACAGCCUUCCCCUUUAUAUAAUUAUAAUGCCUCCCCAGAUCAACAGCAUUUCUACUAUCCUUCAUUUAAAAGGGAAGACGUAAUAUUAUCUCCUCAGCAACAGCAACUACAGUAUCCAAUAACAACGGACUAUUAUUUUGGGACAACAGCAUCCAAUGCCCCUACUAAUGCCGUAACCAUAACAACGACACAUAAUACAAACUUAUAUAUACCAAAUCAACAACCAAUUAAAACGGAAGAAGAGGAGGAAGAGCUUUUUGACGAAGAGGACGAUAGAAGCAGUAGUAGUCUUAGUGCUAAAAAAGCAGAAAAUGAUAAUAAUAGCUCCAGAAGGCAGCAACAUAAAGGCCCAGAGAGAAAAAGGCAAAGAAAAGAAUCACAUAAUGCUAUUGAACGAAGACGGCGUAACAAUAUUAACGAUAAUAUUAAAUAUCUCGGUGAACUGUUACCUGAAAAUCUAUGUCAAGGAAAAAUAAGCAAAGGAACCAUACUCAAAGGAUCUGUUACUUACAUACAUAUGCUUAACAGUCAAUUGGCUCAAUGUAAAGCUAGACUACAACAAUUAGAGUAUGAAGUAGCUGCUUUUAAUUCGUACAAUAUCAGCAACAGCAGCAGCAACAACAACAACGACUUAUAAAUUCACGCUAUUCCUAUUUCUUCUGUUUAAAUUCACGUGUACUAUUUACUACUUUCCAUCGUCCAUUUCUGUGUUAUCAUAUCGUGUAUGCAUUUAUACUCUUCAUCAUUUCAUGCCCCUUCAUUUUUCUCAUAUUUUACCAUCUAUAAUUAAAUUAAAUAAAGUACGCUUUCGAACCGUAUAUGGGAUUACAAUGAAGAGAAUGGCUCAGCAGGCAACUAAGCAAACUAGCUGCAGCCAAGAAAAAAUGGUUCUUGAAAGAAAAUAAAACAGGACCUAAAUAAGGAAAUAUAGUAUUCUUUCAUCUUGAUCGCCCCUGAAUUGUCUGUGUGCUCCUUGCCGU